AUGGAGAACGCUAAUGCAAGGAAUGUAGAUGAGUCAGAAUCUUCUAAUGCCAGAAUGGAUCGGUUAGAAAGAAUGGUGGAAGCCUUAACUGGGUUGGUGAGACAACAGCAAGAGCAAAACCAACAACAACAGAGACAACCUUUUCCACCACCUCCUCCACCACCUGUUCAAGUGGAACCGAUCAAUUAUGAUGACAUCAUCACUCUGACACAGAAAUACAAGAAAUUGAAACCGCCAGAAUUUGCAGGAGGUAUUGAGCCAUUACAAGCAGAGGCAUGGGUACUUGAGACUGAGAAAAUUUUUGAAGUGUUUCCAUGUAAUGAUACAUAUAAAGUUCUAUUAGCCACAUUCACUUUGAAGGAAGAAGCGAGAAGAUGGUGGAUGCUCAUUCGAGAUAUGAACAGGGACUUGACAUGGGAUCGAUUCAAAGGAAUGUUUUAUGAAAAGUAUUUUCCACAAUGCAUGCGAGAUAGAAAAGUAUCCGAAUUUGAGCAGCUGAAGCAAGGUACAAUGUCAGUAGCGGAGUAUGAAGCGAAAUUUACCGAACUAGCCCGUUACGCUCCUCAUAUGGUUGAUACGGAUUACAAGAAGGCAAGGAAAUUUGAGGGUGGCCUACAUGUUGAGGUACUUGACAAGUCUAUAACUACACCUGAACCAGAAAGUAAGAAAUUCAAGAAACAGAAAGUAGAAACAGUUAGUGAAUCCAUGGGCUCCGUGAAUGAAAAUUUGACUUCAAAGUUUAGUGACAACACAAAAAGGGAAAGUGGUGGCAGUAUAGGUGUUCCUACUUGUAAGGAAUGUGGGAAGCAACAUUGGGGUAUUUGUCGCCGUGGAACUGGAGUCUGUUUCAAAUGUGGACAAAAAGGACAUAUAGCUAAAGCUUGCCCACAAGUUUAUGUAAGAAAUGAAGGACCCAUUGCUAGUGGAGUUAACUCAACAAUGACACCAAAGACAAACGUAACAUCUGCUCCUGAGGGGAAUACAUUGAGGCAAGGAAGGGUUUUCACCCUAGUUUCAGAAAAGACACAGAAUACUGGAAAAGCGAAUACAGGUCAAGAGGCGAAGACUGUGCAACCGGUUUUGGAAACCCACUCUCUUUGGACUAUUAGUGUUUUGUUUUCGCUUCCGCAAGCCCUGGUUAUGUAUGUUUGUACAGAAAGGCCUGUGUCCACAGUGCCAGUGACAGAGCUCCAAAACAACACGUCAAUGGCGUCGAUUAUUCGGCGGAAGCUUCACAACUACAAGCCCUCCAAUCCCCAACUACGGUUGUUCUCUGCAUCGCCGCCGCGGAAAAGUAAUCGAAGGAUAGAGAAGAUACUGGUUGCGAACAGAGGCGAAAUAGCUUGUAGAAUCACUCGGACUGCCAAAAGAUUAGGGAUUCGAACUGUCGCCGUCUACAGCGACGCCGAUACUCACAGCCUCCACGUGAAAUCCGCCGACGAAGCGGUUCGAAUCGGUCCUCCUUCGGCUCGAUCGAGUUAUCUCAACGCUUCGUCCAUUAUUGAAGCUGCAAUUCGUACUGGUGCCCAGGCUAUCCACCCGGGCUAUGGUUUCUUAUCAGAAAGUGCCGAGUUUGCUCAACUUUGUGAAGAUGAGGGUUUUACAUUUAUUGGGCCUCCAGCAUCUGCUAUCAGGGACAUGGGUGAUAAAAGUGCAUCAAAGAGGAUAAUGGGUGCAGCAGGGGUGCCACUUGUGCCUGGAUAUCAUGGUGAAGAACAAGAUAUUGACCUUAUGAAGUCUGAAGCAGACAAGAUUGGAUAUCCUAUUUUGAUAAAGCCAACUCAUGGAGGUGGAGGGAAGGGUAUGAGGAUUGUGCAAAGUCCAAAUGAAUUUGUUGACUCAUUCUUGGGGGCACAACGUGAGGCUGCUGCUUCUUUUGGCAUAAAUACAAUCUUGCUAGAGAAAUAUAUCACACAGCCAAGACACAUAGAAGUCCAGGUAUUUGGGGACAAACAUGGCAACAUCUUACAUUUAUACGAAAGAGACUGCAGUGUGCAGAGAAGACAUCAGAAAAUAAUUGAAGAAGCUCCAGCUCCAAAUGUCCUGAAUGACUUUCGCUCUCAUGUGGGUCAUGCUGCUGUAUCUGCGGCCAAGGCAGUUGGCUAUCACAAUGCUGGCACUGUGGAGUUUAUAGUCGAUACAUCCUCAGGACAAUUUUAUUUUAUGGAGAUGAACACCCGUCUUCAGGUUGAGCAUCCUGUGACUGAGAUGAUUAUUGGCCAAGAUCUCGUGGAGUGGCAAAUACGUGUUGCAAAUGGAGAGCCUCUUCCCAUGAACCAAUCACAAGUGCCCUUGUCAGGUCAUGCUUUUGAAGCCCGAAUAUAUGCUGAAAAUGUCCCAAAAGGAUUUCUUCCUGCAACAGGGGUUCUUCACCAUUAUCGGCCUGUUCCAAUUUCGUCAACAGUUCGGAUUGAAACUGGUGUUGAACAAGGGGACACUGUGAGCAUGCAUUAUGAUCCUAUGAUUGCCAAGCUUGUGGUAUGGGGAGAGAAUCGUGCUGCAGCAUUAGUUAAACUGAAGGACUGCUUGUCAAAGUUUCAGGUUGCAGGUUUGCCAACUAAUAUAAAAUUUCUCUCGAGACUUGCUAACCAUCAGGCUUUUGAAAACGGUGAAGUGGAAACCCAUUUUAUUGAGCACUUUCGAGAUGACUUGUUUUUUGAUCCCAGUAAUCCAGAAUUGGCACAAAAAGCACAUAAUGCUGCUACAUUCAGUGCAUUCAUGGUUGCUGCAUGUAUAUGUGAAAAGGAACACCGAUCUUUGAAAGAGAGGCCCCCUGGGGGUCUCUCAGUAUGGUAUGCUCAUCCCCCUUUCAGAGUCCAUCAUCGUGCUAGGCAUACAAUGGAACUUGAGUGGGUCAAUGAGAACGAUAGUAGUGGUUCAAAGCUUUUGACACUUUCCAUAACUUAUCAGCCACAUGGGAACUAUCACAUUGAGACAGGAGAAAGUAAUUCACCAGGUUUGGAAGUCCAAGUAACACAACUGGGUGACCGUGAUUUUAGAGUUGAAGCUGAUGGUGUAAGCAUGGAUGUUAGUCUAGCUGUUUUUUUCAAGGAUCGGAACAAGCAUAUUCAUAUAUGGCAUGGUUCACACCAUCAUUGCUUCAAACAAAAAAUGGGACUUGAACUGUCUGAUGAUGAUGAAACCCAACACAAGCCAACCUUCGAUACAGCUUCCCACCCUCCAGGGACCAUGGUGGCUCCCAUGGCUGGUUUAGUGGUUAAAGUUCUGGUAAAGAAUGGGACAAAGGUUGAAGAAGGGCAACCCAUAUUAGUCUUAGAAGCAAUGAAGAUGGAGCAUGUUGUGAAGGCACCAACUGCUGGGUGUAUCCACGGGCUUCAAGUUGCAGCAGGCCAACAGGUUUCUGACAGCAGUGUUCUUUUUCACGUCAAGGAUGAAUGAACGUGUGUUGACUUCAUGACAAGUCUUGCUAAGAUGGACUCAAUAUGAGUUUGCGCUGUAACUGCAAUGUGAGUCGUCUCAACUGUAAAUUGCAGAGGCUGUCAGGAAAAAAAAAAUGAUUCAUGAUGGAUGCAAUGGCCAUAUGUUAUUUAUUUUCCUCAUUUAAAUGAAGCCUUCUAACAUUUUCGGGAUGUAACAUAAUAAAUCUCUUUGCAGAUUACUAUUCGAUCUAAAAAAUAUAGAUUCCUUUCUACUAGUCAUAUCUGCCUUGGGUUAAGAAUAAUAUUGAUCAAUUGGGUCAAAAAGGAGGAGAAAGGAAAAAAAAAUGAGUAGGAUUGGUGUUUUGAUGCUUACAUUGAAUUUGCUCACUAUUAUGUAUCAGUUACUAUCCUCGUC